AUGAUCAAACAACUAAAUGCAGAAGACCUCUAUGUUGUCUAUGGCAGUGAUCUCUCUGAUUCUGAUGAUAUUCUUUAUGAAAUCUCUAGUCAAUCUUCAGAAUCCAGUGACAGCGAUGAAGAUGUCUGUAUGAUACAGUUUAAUUCUCCGCAACCUGACGAAACCUCUAACAUUAAAUUAAGUAGUGUUACUGGUGAAGAAGUCCAGUUUACGAACGAACAACUCAUUCAGUUUGCUAAACUUCAAAAGCUAAAGAAAGAAGAAGUCUACAAAACUUCCAAGUUCUUUAUCUUUUCAAAAAGGAUCCUUGAACAAUUCAGCGGUGAUACCACUAUCGAUUACACCUCCAGUGGCAGAUGUGGAUUCAAUAUUCUCAACAAUGACAAAAUUACGAGAUGGAAACAACAGAAUCCUCUCGCACGAUAUAUUCAUAUCGGAAUGGUUCAGAUCAAGAUUACUUCUCUAUUUCGCAAAGGAACUGAUCAACCAGUCCUUACCCUUGUUAUGGAUAAUAGAUUCCAUAAUCCUGUUGAUGCCCUCAUCGGCGGCGUUCAAUCCAAUCUUGUCAACAAUGUAAUUUGGUUUAAAAUCAAGCCAAAUUAUUUUGUCUCCCUUUCAGAUCCAAACAUUGAGAAAGUCCUUCAAGUUAAACUUUAA